UAAGACUGUCACUCUUCUCGCCUUGACGCUGCAUCCGGUUUGUGAUUAAACAAGAGUCUUACUGGGCCCAUAGGAGUUAUUUAACAAACUUUAUCGAUUUGAGUAACGUUUACUUUACAUUUAAAGCCAAGAAGAGCCGAAUGAACACUCUUAUGCGGCGAUGGAAGCUACGGCAGCUUGCAAAUUGGAGAGCUAUUCAGGUUGGGACAGCAGUGGCGAGCUUUGACCUGAGGAAAGUGGAAUUAACCCCUCUGGAACAGCGGAAACUUACUUUUGACUCGCAUGCCAUGGUGAUCCAGCUGGCAAGUAGCGGUUUCGAGAAACGACAGGCCGAGCUCAUCGUCUCCGCUCUGGUGACUUUGACAACGGCCAACAUGGACAUUGUUUAUAAAGACAUGGUGACCAAGUCGCACCAGGAAAUUGCCCUGCAGCAGAUCAUGGCCCACCUGGACGCCAUCAGGAAGGACAUGGUGAUCCUGGAGAAGAGCGACUUUGCCAACCUGCGAUCUGAGAACACGAAGAUGAAGCGGGAACUGGAGCAACUGUAUAAUCGACUAAAGGAAGAGAGUCUAAAAGUGCGGGCGGAAACCAAACUGGAUAUCAACCUGGAGAGCAGCCGCAUCUCUGACAUGUUUACAGAGCAGGACACGAAGCUGAUGGAGGCUAGCACAGAAUUCCAUCAAAAAAAAGCCGACCUGGAUCACAACAACAUGGAGAUCAGCAAGAAGAUGGAGCUGCAGGUGGCUUCACUUAAAACGGUCCUGGAGUCACUGAAGCUGGAGACCAUCCGUUACCUCGCAGCAACUGUGUUCUCCUGCCUGACCAUUUCUCUGGGUGUUUACUGGUUAUGGAAGUGAAGCUCUGAAAGUGUACAUGUCGAUUCAAAGUAGUGGCAGAGAGUUAUUACAUUUUCAAUCAAAGACUGCUCUUACCGACAUGCAGCAAAAAAAGGGCACAACAUUGUUGCUUAUGUUUGAAGUUUUUUUUUUAAAGUUUCUUCCCAAUUUCAUGCAAAUUAUUUGAUCUAGUCGUGUGUUCAUUGCAUGUGUUGUAAGGUUUUAUGAACAAACUGAGGCAGUUUUUUGAUUCAACAUGACCUUUAUUUUUAAUUGAAAAGCAGAACAAUGAAAACCCAAGAACAAUCACACCAACGCAAACAAGUUUCUGAAACUUUAUUGAAACCCAAAGAAAGAGCGUGGAUGCUUCCUGAUGAGCAGGCAAUCUUCCAUCGACUGAUUGUUUGAUGCUUACCUUAAUGGACGCCACAAACAAGUAAACACCUGUAACUGCUCAUCAGUAAAUCCAACUAGUUAUCAAACUAUGUACAGCCGUUGUUGCAGUCAAGCACGCCACAGAUUCCAAAAAUACUUUAAUGUAUAAAUUAAAUCAUUUACAUGUUUUACCCAAAAAGGAAACAUUUCUUUUUUUCAAGCAGCAGCUUGACGGCACAAAUACCAAAAUGUAUUUAAGUUUAAUUGUCAACCAACAGAAAGUUUUUCUUCAAAAACAAAGAAAAUGUGCAGCAUGGCAGCUGCUCACAGGCUCUUCUCGUCCGAUUGCACGUCUGUUAAAACCUCCUCUUUCUUCACCGCUUGGUCACACUCGACAGAUUCAGAGUCUUCUAGUUUGACUGAGGGUGCGGCGGCUGCCAUGGCACACGAAGAAUUUUCCUCUUCUUCCUCAGUCUUUAUGAAGGCGCUCAGCGGGUGGUCUGUCAGCGCCUUGUUGGGAGAUGGCGUCACAUCACAGUAGGACGAUGUCUGAGGACAGACACAUAGCAGAAGAUCAAACCAACAAUCACUGUUUUAGCUGAUUUUUGCCUCUUUUUUCACCCCAUACUCACAUUUUUGUAAUCUUCAAAACACGCAGGAUGGAAGUUCUGUGUUAAGAGAAUAUGCACUUCAACAUUAAAUGCCAGUCUACUUAUUUCUAUAAAAGCAGGAGAACCAGAUUGGGAUGUUGCAUACCUUCUCAUCAACCCUGAUAGCGUCCUUUAGAAACCAGUCCUCCUCUUCCUCAACCCAGUACGUCUCAAAUGGCUCCUGGCAGAUUUCACAUAACUGCAGACACCAAACAAGAUUUUUAGGAUGAGGAAAAACCUAGCAUUUAUUCACCUGUGCCUUUUACACAGAACACAGCCAAGCAUCACAGUGCUGAGCACUAUAUUAGGUUCAAAUAGAGCAAGAGCUCAACACAACAGACCUGUCAGGUGUUAAACUUUACACAAAUGUCAAUGCCCCAUUUGUGUAGGGGCACAAAAAAGGCAGGCUUUUACAGACAUUUUAUUGUAAAGCGAAAUAGUUUUACCUCUCCAACUUGGUCUUUAGUAGCCUUCACACUCUGGAACUCCUUCUCUUUAGCUGCCGCUUGGUUUUUCUGGACCUCCUCUUCAUUCUCCUUCUCAAAGAAGUGACUCUUGGCUCGCUCCUCCAGGUCAGCGAUCUCCUCAAACUCGACCCAGUCCUGUAAGAAAUGGAAGACAUGCUUAAAGGGGACCUAUGAUGAACUUAAUCUCUUCCGACUUUGUGUCAAAUCAUAGGGUUCAUACAGUCGGGUGUGAAUAAGGAUAUAACAAAAUGAGAAUUUCACAUCAGUAUCGUGACCAAAAUUAUCACUUAUAAUCACAGUAUUGUUGAAUGUGCUCAAAGUACACAAAUUUUUCGACAAGUUAGAAAACCCACUGAUUUUCGCGUGUUUCUUGUGCUGCACUGAUAGUGUUAUAGUCUUAGCAUUGUAUCCGUUUUAAUGGUUAAGCUUUUAUUGUUUUAAAUAUUAACUGACACUUUCGCACUUCAAGAUUUAUUUUAAUGAAAAGUGUCAAAUCAAAUCUAUUCAUUAUUAUUUCUGACAGGUGUUGUCCUACUCUGUUCAGUGGUCCUUGAACGCACCAUCAAACUGCCUCAGUAAAAACACCUCCAUCUUGUAAUCCUCAAUCAGGGUUUUUUUAUGUAUUAAUUUAAAACGGUAAUACCGUCAGAAGUUUUACCACAGUUAUAAUUACCGUUUAUCGUCACAUCCCAGUUUUCCAUGCCUGGGUCUGCGUAGUUUGGGUAAUUUUUUAAGAUUGAUGACAUGACGUCACAGUGAGGUGGAU